AUUGGUGAUCGUAGCAGGGAAUGGGCUCUGUAGUCUCAGGCUGAACAUUAUCAGACACAGACAUGGACUAUCAACGUUAGAUGCGGUGUACACGUUUACGUGGUAUCAGGUCUCGUAGAAAGAGAGUGCUUUUGUUACGUCGUGACGUCCUCGAACAGUCCAACAAAAUGAUGCGUUUCAUGCUCCUGUUCAGUCGACAGGGAAAGCUGCGGCUGCAGAAGUGGUACACAGCGACAGCCGAGCGAGACAAGAAGAAGAUGGUCAGAGAACUGAUGCAGAUAGUGCUCGCUCGUAAACCAAAGAUGUGCAGCUUCCUUGAAUGGAGGGACCUCAAGAUUGUGUAUAAAAGGUACGCCAGCCUGUAUUUCUGUUGUGCAAUUGAAGAGCAGGACAAUGAGCUGAUCACACUGGAGGUGAUCCACCGCUUUGUAGAGCUGCUGGAUAAAUACUUCGGCAGUGUGUGUGAGCUGGACAUCAUCUUUAACUUUGAGAAGGCUUACUUCAUUCUAGAUGAGUUCCUAAUGGGAGGAGAAAUCCAGGACACCGUCCAAGAAGAGUGUCCUCAAAGCCAUUGAACAGGCUGACCUGCCUGCAGGAGGAAGACGAGUCACCCCGGAGCGUGUUGGAAGAGAUGGGCUUAGCAUAGUACAUGGCGCCGGUGUGACAGACAGUAGAUACAGCAGGAGAGGGCAAGACGAGUGGGCGUGGGACAGGAUCUGGGACUGAAAUAUUGCUCAGGCUGACGGCAUUGGCCUCGGGGACCGACGCGUUUGACUUGGGGGAACGGAUUUCAGACGGGGAAUUUUCCACCGUCGCUUGACAGGCCCUUAGCUCUGUGUGUAUGUGUCCAAGUGUGUGAAUGUAAUGUUACAUAUCGGGGUCGACGGGAGGGAGGGUGGGGGCGGUUUGUGUGUUCUGAGUUUGAAAAAGAGUGCUAUAGAAUCCAGCUUUGCUAAGAUAAACGUGUACAGCAUAUACUGGAAUCCCAUUCGCAGUGAGGCGGGUAUCGGUCUCAAAGAUACAACGCGAAGUUCAACACUAAUCCUUUUUUGUGCAGUUUUAUCAGAUACCGAGUGUCCGCUACGACCAGGUUUAAGAGUUUUAGAACGGGACAUAAGGACAGGGCGUCAAAUGAAGGAUAAGACUGGUGUUAUUCUGGAUUAUUAUUGUCAACAAAUCUCAUAAACCACAGCCACAACAACACGAGAGGAUGCAAAUAAAUGCUUUUUUUAAUAUAUUUCCUAAUAUUUUUCUUCUAGAAGUAUUCAAAAAACAGUCACUUUGAAUGAUUUACCGACUUGAAUUGUUUUAAUUGCCUGCAGGUUCCAAAGGUGUCUAAAUUCAUCAUCCAUUCAUUACUUUAAUAAAUUGUCCAAAACAACCCACUGCAAACUAUUUACACUAAUAAUAUAAUAACAAUGUCAAAUUAAAGGAAAAAAA